CAAACCUGACCUCAGUUCUUUUCUUCUCUCUUUUUCUCGAUACAUUGAAAAUUAGUGCUCUCUAUUUUCCCCCCAUAUUCGAUCCUUCUUUUCUGAAUCUCCAACGAUGGUGCUCGAGGCGACGAUGAUCUGUAUUGACAAUUCCGAAUGGAUGCGUAACGGAGAUUACUCUCCUUCUCGAUUUCAAGCCCAGGCAGAAGCUGUCAAUCUUAUUUGCGGUGCUAAAACCCAUUCUAAUCCAGAAAAUACUGUCGGAGUUCUUACGAUGGCAGGGAAGGGCGUUCGCGUUUUGGUCACCCCUACCAGUGAUUUGGGCAAGAUCUUAGCUUGCAUGCAUGGACUAGAAAUAGGUGGUGAGAUGAACCUAGCUGCUGGCAUUCAGGUGGCACAAUUGGCUCUUAAGCAUCGGCAAAAUAAGAAGCAGCAGCAAAGAAUUAUUGUCUUUGCUGGAAGUCCUGUCAAGCAUGAGAAGAAAAUGUUGGAGAUGAUUGGGAGAAAGUUGAAAAAAAAUAGCGUGGCUCUUGACAUUGUUAAUUUUGGUGAAGACGAAGAGGGGAAGACAGAAAAGCUGGAAGCACUACUUGCAGCUGUUAACAAUAAUGAUACCAGCCACAUUGUUCAUGUUCCAGCGGGUCCUAGUGCUCUUUCUGAUGUACUUAUAAGUACUCCUAUUUUUACUGGUGAUGGAGAAGGUGGAAGUGGUUUUGCAGCUGCUGCAGCAGCAGCUGCUGCGGGUGGUGUAUCUGGAUUUGAGUUUGGUGUGGAUCCGAACUUGGACCCUGAACUGGCUCUUGCUCUAAGAGUUUCAAUGGAAGAGGAGAGAGCCAGACAGGAAGCAGCUGCAAAAAAGGCUGCAGAGGAUGCUUCCAAACAGGAGAAAGGCAGUGAGCAGCAAGCUGGCUCUCAGGAUGCAACAAUGACUGAGCGUGCCAGUGCAACAGCUUCUGAAGCUGAGACUAAGACAAAUAAUUUGAUGGAUGAUGAGAAUGCUCUACUACAACAGGCCCUUGCAAUGUCAAUGGAUGAGCCUGCAAUUAACCAUGAUGCUCAGGAUACAGAUAUGUCUGAAGCUGCUGCAGAUGAUCCUGAGUUGGCUCUAGCUCUCCAAAUGUCAGUAGCAGACAGCACAAAGGACUCAGCAAGCCAGUCAGACAUGAGCAAAUUGUUGGCAGACCAGUCCUUUGUAUCUUCUAUCCUUGCAUCACUUCCCGGGGUUGAUCCAAAUGACCCAUCUGUCAAAGAUUUGCUGGCCUCCAUGCAAAAUCAGUCUGAGCCUCAGCAGAAGAAUGAAGACAAGCCAUCAAAUGAGGAGGAGAAGAAAUAAUGUUGAGAGUUUCCUUGCAUUUUUAUUUCUGUUUCUUUGAUAGACAUAUCGGUACCAUGUUGGAAGGUGGUUCUAAUCGGGGUAGUAUUUCACAUGAUUGGAACGAAUCUAUGUUGUAUCUUGAUUAAGUACGGAUGAUUCAUCAGGUGAAAAGCCUAUAGUCGAUGAGGGCAUUAAGGGAUUACAUGGUUUUUAUGGUGAAGAAUACUCCAUCCUUUAUUGUACGUCAACUCAUCACAAAAUUUAUGUUA